UCUCUCUGUAGUUUUGCUUCAUCAUCACAAUGUCCUUCUUUCCCAUUUUCCUCUUCUUUCUUCUACCCUCACUGUUCAAGCCUUCUCAUUCAACCGCAAUUGUAGUGGAUGGAACUUCACAGUGGAAGAAUCCCAGUGUUCACAUUGGUGAUUCCAUUGUUUUCAAGCCCAUACAACACUUUAAUCUCUACAUUUUCAAGAACCAAGAAGCCUUCAACAACUGCAACUUCACUCAGGCCACUCUUCUCACCUCCUCCUACACGUGGCAUCCAUCUCGCCCUGGUUUCUUCUACUUCGCCUUCAACAAUGGCUCCCUCAAAUCAUGUGAAGAAUCUCAAAAACUAGCCAUAAAGGUGGUGAAUUCAGCAACACCACAGGCUCCAACAAUGGCUCCAGAACAAGAACAUUCUCCAACGGCAGCUCCAUCACCAUCUUCAGGUGGAGAAGUAGUGUCAUCUUCCCCAGCAUAUCCAUGGCCUUUCCGUCCCCACCAAGCAGCUUCACCAUCACCAUCACCAUCAGCAAGUUCACCAGUGACAAUUCCAUUAGUCCCCGACAAAGGUGGUGGCAUGCCAUUCAUAAACAGCAACCCUGCAGUUCCUCUUCCCACUGGUGAAGUUGAUUCUGCAACCAUUCGCCCCUUACCUACCUCUUCCACUCAACCACAGGUGAUGAUUGGAUCAUUUGGAUUUCAUAUUAUUAUUGCAGUGCACACCAUGGCUUUACUACUGCUGAUGUAAGGAGAAAAUUUGAAGACAGAUUUUAUGUUAGAAAAAGGAAAAUGAGAGGAGAUAGGGUAGGGAGGGUAAUAUAAUUUCCCAAUGAGGUUAGAUGAAUUGGGUCUAAAGUAGCUUUAAGAGUGAUGAUUAUACCAUGUAUUAAGAUGCUCUUGUAUUCUACUUUGGAAUCGUUGACACUUUUUUGUUCUUUGGAUUU